GCCAACGACGCAACACAGAGGAGGAGCUGCACUCAGCGGCCCGAGAAGAAACUUCCCUCUCAGUUGUGAGUGUGAUAACAAGGUGAGGUGCAGCUCGUGGUGUCGGAGCAUCACAUCACAUGCAAACCUGAACCGACCGACAGAGUGAAGAGCUCCUGGUUUCCAUGACUUUUGGAGUACUUUACUAAGAAAAAAAACAAAACAUUUUUUGGAGACGAUGGGUUUGUUUGUAUUUGGAAAACUUGGCAAACGCGCAUUAAUGGAAAGUGUCACCGCUUCGGAAGUGAGAGGAGAGUCAUUGCUCAGUGUGAAUCAGUGAAAGACUCUCCUGCAGCCAUGAACAACACCUCGGCAGCGGUGGGGGGAUUUAAGCCGCCCACCAUCCCAUCGAUCAUGUUCAUUUUCGGGGUGGUGGGGAACGUCAUCGCCAUUGUGGUUCUGCGAAUAUCACGCAAGGAACAAAAGGAGACGACUUUUUACACGCUCGUGUGCGGUCUGGCGGUGACGGACCUGCUGGGCACCCUGCUGGCCAGUCCCGUCACCAUCGCCACCUACAUGAAGGGCACAUGGCCCGGGGGUGAGCCACUGUGCCAGUACUCCGGCUUCAUCCUGCUCUUCUUCUUCUUGGCGCAGCUCUGCAUUGUGUUCGCAAUGUCAGUGGAGAGAUACUUGGCAAUCAACCACGCGUACUUCUACAACCAGUACGUCAACCAGAAACUCGCCGCGCUGACCCUGUUGGUCAUUUACUUCUCCAACAUCGUGUUUUGCGCGCUGCCCAGUCUGGGCCUCGGACAGGUGAAGCUGCAGCUGCCGGGGACUUGGUGCUUCAUCGACUGGCAGAACAACCACACAACAGUGGCGACUUUUAAUCUCAUGUACGCAGGUGUGAACUCUGUCAUCGUGCUGGCCACUGUCAUAUGCAACGUGAUGGUGUGCGGGGCGCUCAUCCUGAUGCACAAGAGGUUCAUCCGGCGCACGUCUCUGGGCACUGACCAGCGGCGCAUCGCGGAGCUCCGGCGCAGACGGAGUUUUGGACGAUUAGCUGGAGCAGAGAUCCAGAUGGUGAUUCUGCUUAUAGCUACAUCCGUUGUGGUUCUCAUCUGCUCCAUACCUUUAGUCCUGAGGAUCUUUGAGAACCAGCUGUACAGAACCCAGAAAGAAGAGCUUUUUGGACUGAAUAAAGACUUGCUCGCCAUCCGCAUGGCUUCUAUCAACCCCAUCUUAGACCCUUGGAUCUACAUCCUGCUCAGAAAGACGGUGUUCCUCAAGCUGAUGGAAAAGAUUAAGUGUCUAUUCUGCAAAAUGGGCAGGCGGGGUCGGAGGGAUGGUGGGCAGUUCCGCUGUGACAACGACCACCGCUCCUCCUCCAUCAUCUCCCGGGAUUCCCCAUCGCUGUUGUCACACGAUGCGAGGGAAAUGAUGAGCAGCACUUCGCAGACUUUCCUGUACCCAUCGGAGGGAAACAGUGAGAGGUCGGGGUCUUUACAAGUGGGGCCACAGGCUGAAUCCAGUCCAGUGGUGACACAGACAUUACAGCGCCUCCAGGACGUUGUGGGGCCAUCAAGGGGGGUUUCACAGACUGAUUUAGAGGACACUGCACCAGACAGGCCCCUGAAAGAGGUUGCAGUGUGCCUCAAGGACCCGGCUCUACAUGUGACCUUCACAGACGAGACUGCAAACAUGCAGGAGAAAUGUAUAUAAGAUGUCGGCAUUAGCUCAACCAGUAUUCUCCACAUGGGACAGAAUAUGAGAACUACUGAGAGCUCUGCAAAGACACGAUCACGAAGCAGAAGCUUCUGAAGACUGAAUAAUCACACAUCACUCUGUAGAUAUCGAGUGGACUCCAAAAUAAAACGAUGUGCGACAAUGUGACAAAAUGUAUCGCCAAGCUUAGCAUUAUCGAUGAAUUACUCCUCCACAAUCUCCAUACCAAUGAACAUAUGUCAUGCACCACAGUCACAAUAUAGCUAUAUGAACAAAACCAUAUCAACAUGACAUUAUAGAGAAGCUCCGUUGUUGCACUUUUUUGAAUUCUAAAUCCACUGCUAUGGGCCGUUAGUAACAUUUGUUUUGUAGCAUUUUUAGAUCUUGCACAUGCAGUGACUGUAAAGCAUUAAUGCUAAAAAUGUGAUGUUUAUUUAUUCCGAGUAUGAAUCGUCUUCUCUGUGAGAAGGUCCAGAUAGUUUGGAGUCACUUUAAAUUGGUACAAGAUGGAUGUGUUCAUAAUCUUUUUUCUUUUAUGUGUAGGAACAUUUGCAAAAAAUUGGGUCAUACUGGUUGACAGAGCAGCUCAAACAUCAAAGCUAAAAUGGUACCAGCCCCUGUAUUCCAUAACAAAAGGCAGCUAUACUGUGGAUUACUCACAGCUUAAAUACUGGAGGAUGUUAGGAUGCCUCCUAUAAAGUGGUAUGUUAAAUACUAAAUGUUUAUUUACUUUAUUCAGCCAUAUACAUUUUUUUUUACCAUAUACCUCUAAUCUAAUCAGUUUUUGUUGACAAGUUUACCAGUGAAUAAAAUUGAAGACACUGAGCUUCCUUAUGGUGUUUUUGUAUUAAUGGUUUAACUCGAAGUUAAUUGUCUAAAUAUUGUUGCUAUAGAGAUUUAGAUAAACAUCAAAAUGUGUUUAAACACGUCAUGUUUUUUUUAUAGCAACAUGAUCAUCAACAUAAAAUGUUGACCUUUUUGUGAACAAAGCAAUGUUGUACCAAAGCCAUAAACUGAAAAUAAAAGUUGAGAAAUAUUAAUACAUAAAUCAAGAAUUUCCAUCAGUACUUUUUAAAGAGAAAUGCCAAAGUGAAGUGCCAACUUAAGUGUUGUUUGUAUUAAAGUGUAUGUAUGUACUAAUGAGAUGAUGUUGAUUGACGAGUAGCUGCAACAAGUGAUUCUUGGUUGGAUAAAAAAAAAAGAUUCUGAAAA